UUUGGCUGAGAAGUUCGCGUCGCACGCUGCUGGCGCAGUUUGUUCUUUUUUGGAGCAUCCACCCUUUCCGUUUGUGACGCGCGCAUAAUUGGGAACCGGUUCCGUCCAGUUUUCCGCGAACUAUACAAUACACAAGAUGAACCAAGGAUUUACCUGGAUUCCGUGGACCAACCACCAGGGCAUUCCGCCGGCGGGCGUUUACGCUGGCAACGACCAGGAUGGAUCACCGAUCUACGUUGGCCGGGCGUACCACGAGGGAGAUCAGCUGCCGGCGAAGGUGAUCCCUUCGAAGCAGGCGGCCUAUGUGUCGCACAACGGGAUGGAGAUUUUUAAGACACACUAUGAGGUCCUCACCGGAUCGGGCUUCACGUGGGUUGGCAGUGGCAAUGGACAUGUACCGGCCGGUGCCGUCCUUGCCGGUAAUACAUCGACCGGGGAGCCCCUGUACAUUGGGCGCACGCACCACGAGGGAAGCCUAACGCCUGGCAAGAUCCACCGUUCGCACGGAUGCCUCUACAUCCCCUUCGGCGGGGCCGAGCAGAGUUUCCUCAGCUACGAGGUCCUGGUCGGGCAGUCACGCUCCGCCUGGCAACACUGCUCCGCCCAUGCACCGCUUCCACCGGGUGCCAUUCUGGCCGGACACGACUCGGACAGCUCGCCGAUCUACGUCGGCCGGGCGUACCACGAAGGUGAUCAGCUGCCGGCGAAGGUGCUUCCGGGCAAGCAGAUCGCCUACGUGUGCCACAACGGCCAGGAGAUCCCGAAGCAUACGUUCGAGGUCCUGUGCGGUGGCAACGUGUCCUGGGUUCCGGCCGGGUUCGGCAGCGUACCACCGACGGCCGUCUUCGGUGGACGCACCUCGAGCGGCGAAGCGCUCUACAUUGGCCGGGCACACCAUAUGGGUAGUCUGACGCCGGGCAAGGUGCACCCUAGUCACCAGACGCUCUACAUCCCGUACGGUGGCAGCGAGAUUCCGAUCAAGAGCUACGAGGUCCUGGUCGAGCACGGUGGUGGCAUGCCCGGACACCCAGGAUUCCCCGGCAUGCCUCCGGCGACCCCGUUCCAUUGAUAACGACUGCCCCCCCAGCGGAAGUAUUAUCCCGAACUCGUCGAACAUGUGUAGUAUCACAGCACGCAAAUGCAAUUUUAUUAUUACGCACUUUAUAGCAACAGACAAACCAUCCGGUUUAGCGUACGGUAAGCGGUACGAAUCGCUAGAGGACUAAUUUCGGCCAAGUAUAGCAGUAAAUAAAAACACAC